GAGGAGGAGAGCGCUGGGCAUGGCGGCGGUUGCGGCGCUGCAGAGGAGCGUGGUGUCCCCCGCGGGCAGGCACACUGCCUCCCUCAUCUUCCUGCACGGCUCAGGUGAUACUGGCCAGGGAGCAAGAGCAUGGAUAAAACAAAUUUUGAAUCAAGACAUGGCUUUCCAACAUAUAAAAGUUAUUUACCCAACGGCUCCUGCCAGGCCAUAUACACCUAUGAAAGGAGCCUUCUCCACUGUCUGGUUUGACAGGUACAAGAUCUCCAUUGACUGCCCAGAACACAUCGAAAGUAUUGAUUCUAUGUGCCGGGGACUUACAGACUUGAUCAACGAUGAGAUUAAAAAUGGCAUUGCAAAGAAUAGGAUACUAAUAGGAGGCUUUUCCAUGGGAGGUGGAAUGGCAAUGCACUUAGCGUAUAGGUUUCAUCAAGAUCUGGCAGGAGUCUUUGCUUUGUCUAGUUUUCUCAAUAAAGACUCUGCUGUUUAUCAGGCUUUGAAAAGAAAUGAAAGUGUUCUUCCAGAAUUAUUUCAGUGUCAUGGAACUGCUGAUGAACUUGUCCUCUAUUCAUGGGGUGAAGAGACCAACAAGAUGCUAAAGUCACUGGGAGUAUCAGCAUCACUUCAUACUUUUCCAGACCUUAAUCAUGAGUUAAGCAGACCUGAAAUUGAAAAACUAAAAACCUGGAUUGUAAAGAAAUUACCUGUUGAAGCAUAAGCACAAAUGAAUAAAUAAGAUGCAGCUUUCACAUA